AUGCGAGGCUCCAUGGAGAGGUCAGCCGUCUUCUUCCUGGUGUGGGCCGCCGCCCUGCUGAACGCUGCUCUCAUGGCGCAGUCAGUUCCUUACGACUACUCGUCCAGCUCCGAGUGCCUGGCUGAGCCCCUGGAGCCUCACUACGGCGGCGGCGUCAUCGUCAACCCGAACUUCGACGACGGUCUCAAGGGCUGGUCGGUCUUCGGGUACAGCAGCGUCGCCGAGGCCUCCUCGGCGGCGACGGGCAACCGGUACGCCGUUGCCACGAACCGGACGCGUUCGUACCAGAGCGUCAGCCAGAAGGUGUACCUGCAGAACGACACGCACUACACCCUCUCAGCUUGGUUGCAGGUUAGCGACGGAAGCGCCGACGUAGUAGCCGUCGUGAAGACGGCCGACGGCUUCGUCCACGCCGGGGGCGUCGACGCCAGGUCCGGCUGCUGGUCCGUUCUCAAAGGCGGCCUCACCACCGCCGCCUCCGGCCCGGCAGAGCUCUACUUCGAGAGCAACUCGACGGUGGACAUGUGGGUGGACAACGUGUCGCUGCAGCCGUUCUCGAGGGAGGAGUGGGACGCCCACCGCGGCGCGGCCAUCAAGAAGGCCCGGAAGAAGACGGUGCGGCUGCGCGCCCGCGACACGGCCGGCAACCCGGUGCCGGGGGCGCGGAUAAGCGUGGAGCACGUCCGGAGCGGCUUCCCGCUGGGGUCGGCAAUGAGCAGUGAGAUCCUGCACAACCAGAGGUACCAGCAGUGGUUCACCCAGCGGUUCACGGUGACCACCUUCGAGAACGAGAUGAAGUGGUACAGCACGGAGGUGGUGCCGGGGCGGGAGGACUACUCCGUGCCUGACGCCAUGCUCCGGUUCGCGCAGAGCCACGGCAUCGCCGUGCGCGGGCACAACAUCUUCUGGGACGACCCGAGCACGCAGAUGGGGUGGGUGAAGGCGCUCAGCCCCGACCAGCUCCGCCGCGCCACCGCCAAGAGGAUCAAGUCCGUCAUGUCGCGCUACGCCGGCAAGGUGAUCGCGUGGGACGUGGUGAACGAGAACCUGCACUACGACUUCUUCGAGGACAAGUUCGGCUCCGGCGCGUCGGCGGCGUUCUACCGGAAGGCGCACGGCAUGGACGGCGGCGCGCUCAUGUCCAUGAACGACUUCAACACGCUGGAGCAGCCCGGGGACCCCAACGGCCAGCCCAGCAAGUACCUCCGCAAGCUGUGGCAGAUCAAGGGCGCCUUCCCCGGCAACGGCAACGGCGCCCGGAUGGCCAUCGGCCUCGAGGGCCACUUCGGCGCCACGCCCAACAUCCCCUACGUCCGGGCGGCGCUCGACACCAUGUCGCAGGCCGGCGUGCCCAUCUGGCUCACGGAGAUCGACGUGGCGCCGGGCCCCGACCACGCGCACCACCUGGAGCAGGUGAUGAGGGAGGUGUACUCGCACCCCGCCGUGCACGGCAUCAUCCUCUGGACGGCGUGGCACGCCAACAGGUGCUACGUCAUGUGCCUCACCGACAACAACUUCAAGAACCUCCCCGUCGGGGACGUCGUCGACAAGCUCAUCGGGGAGUGGAGGACGAGCUCGCACGUCGGCGUGGCGGACGCCGACGGCUACUACGAGACGGAGCUGUUCCACGGGGACUACAAGGUCACCGUCGCCCACCCGGAGGCGGCGGCGAACGCCGCCGUCGUGCAGAGCCUCAGCGUGGAUAAGGAGUCCGACAACGAGUACACCAUACACGUCUAG